UCUUCCAUUCGGCCAGUCUGCCCUGAGGGUGAGGGAGAACUUCAGACCAAAUGGAGUCCAGGCAGCUUCCAGCUGCUUGGUCACUAAACAGUGGCGGUGCAGAAGAGGAAGGGGCAGUGGUGUCUUACACCCCACCCGCAUCACCGGGAAGAGUGGGAGCAAGUGAGGAAGUGGGAGAUGGUCCUCUAGUUUCCAUUACCAAGCAUGAAAAGGGUGACCAGUGGUCAUGCGACAGCUCUGCUUCUUCCUCAGAGAGUGAGGAUGAGGACGGUAAAGCCAGAAGGAAGAAGAAGAAGAAGCUGAAAAAGAAGAAGAGCAAGAGGUCCCACUCAUCCUCUGCUUCCAGCAGCUCCUCAGACAGCGACAGCAGUGAGGAUGAAAGAAAAAGAAGGAAAAGGAAAGAGAAGGGCGUGACGACCAUCAUACCUGAAUCAGGUCUGGUGCUGGAAAUAGUGUUAACACCACUGAAGGAGCAGAACGAUGAGCUGGAGAGGAAGAAAGCGAGAAAAGACAGCACUCGAUAUAUUUUGCUCUAUUUCAUCAAUGGUGCCAAUAAUUCUGGGCCUGACUGUACAUCUUCAUCUCUUGCCCAGAAGAAGAAAAUGAAGAAGAAGGACAAGAAAAAGCAAAAGAAGAAGAAGAAGAACAAGAAGCAUAAGAAGAAGAAGAAAAAGAAGAAGAAGGAUUCCAGCUGCUCUUCCUCAUCUGAUAGCUCCUCCUCAGAUAUAGAAGAUGAGGAAAAGAAGAAGAAGAAGAAAAAGAAGGCCAAGAAAAAAAAGAAGGAUUCAUCAAUCGACAGUACCAGCGAAGAUGAAAGGAGGAAGAAGAAGAAAAAGAAGGAAAAAAAGAGGAAGAAGAAAAACAAGAAGAAGCAGAAGAGGAAACAUAAGAAAAAGUACUACAGCUCCAGCUCCAGUUCAUCCUCAUCUGAGAGCGAAGAGGAACAGCUGAUCAAGAGCAUUAAGAAAGAGAAAGGAGAAUGCUCGGUUCGGGAUGGUGGUGCAGAGAAAAAGGAGGUACAGAUGGAGUUUGGAGAAGGGACGACGGGCGAGGAGAGCUUCGCUGGCGCUUCACAAUUCCCUGCAGAGGCUGAGCAGGACUGCAGGAGGUGUGACGAUGGAGAAAGAAGAGAGGGCGCUAAGAAGAAGUUAAAGAAGAAAAAGGAUUCUGCUUCAUCAUCGUCUUCCUCAUCUGUGGAUAGUUCAUCCUCAGACAGCGAUGAUGACAAAAAAAAGAAGAAGAAGAAAAAGAAGAAGAAGAAGAAGAAGAAGAAGAAGAAGAAGAAGAAGAAGAAGAAGAGAAAGAAGAAGGACUCCAGCUCGUCUUCAUCUUCAGAGGACUCCUCGUCCUCUUCAGAGAGCGAUAAUGAUGACAAAAAGAAGAAAAAGAAGAAGAAAAAGAAGAAAAAAAAGAAAAAGGCAAAGAAGAAGGAUUCCAGCUCAUCAUCAUCAGACUGGUCUUCAUCAGACAGUGGUGAUGACAAGAGGAAGAAGAAGAAAAAGAAGAAGAAGAAGAAGAAGAAAAAGAAGAAGAAGAGGAAGGCGAAAAUGGAUUCCAGCUCCUCAUCUUCUUCUGACAGUGAGGAUGAGAAGGAGAGGAGGAAGAGGAAGAAAAAGGCCAGGAAGAAGAAACGUAUGACUAAGAAGAAGAAAGAUUCUAGCUCCAGUUUUCCUUUCGGCAAUGACGAAAAUAAGAACAAAGAGCAAGAGAAGGAGACAGCUGGAGAACAGCAGCAGAAUGGAGGGCACAAGGCAUCGGAAAACAAAGGAGAGCCGUAUGAGCCCUUCCCAGGUGACCCAGGGCAGGAUGGCCUGGUAGAAGGUGCGGGGUGGUCUGGGCCUAGAGGCAACGGUGGGUUCACCUGGAGGGAUGGAGCUUAUCCGUCUACCAAUCUGGAUGCUGAGUCAACACCUGGAACCAGGGAAGAGUCUCCAUACCAAAUACUGAACGAGCACGAAUUGUGAUCCACCAGAUUCGUUAAUGGUGUUAUGGUCUCGGCCAAUCAGGAGAUAUAAGCUCUUCAUUUCAAUGUUUUUAACAUGCCUUUGUCGACUAGCCCCCUCACUGUUUCCCCUUGGGGGCAAUCCCUGAAGGUCGUUCCAUUCCUUUCCUAGCUUAAGAGAAGUUUGUUAGAUGAUCCCUUGGGUGGGCAAGGAACCAGGGGUCAAAAUAUCUAUACCACCAACAAAACAUGGGGUCUUUACUCGGAGUCGGACUGCUUGAUUGUAUCUCUAACGCCAGCUAGCACCACUGCUGUAUUAGCCUCUAAACAAAUGGCUAGCAGUCUACUUGAUUCCAAUUAGUUGGGUGAUGCAUUUGCAUAAUGCAUGCUGGGUACUGUAGUGAGAGGAACCCUCAUAGAUGAAAAGACGAAAACAUUACAAAAUCAUGGAUUCGGUCAAACCAAUCAAAUGCUAAAUGCUAAAUGCUAGAUUAAGGCUGGAAAGUGCCUAUAAACAAGAGUCACAAAGCUAACAUCCAAUCAAAGUGCUAUGAACAUACUAAGCAACAGACAUUUAUUAUACAUGACUAAAAACGCAGCUUCAAAAAAUAUGCUAGCUAGCUUCUCAGAAACCUUAAAGCGAAGCAAUUAGCAUCAAUGGAAAUGGUGGGUUCUCUUUCUAAACCAGGAGCUGAAGCCAGCUAACGUAAUUAUUCACAAGGUUUUAGUAAAUUUCACCCAAACAUUUCAAGAAAAGUUACAAAGUUUCUUUAGCAAGCUAAUCAGCGAGCUACAGGCAUGUGUUCCCAUUGGAAAGCCGGUGUUGGCUGCUCCUUCCCCGAUUCUGAAGCGAAACAGACGAGGGCAUGUUAAAGACAGUAUGACUGAAAUUUUGUACCUAAAGUUUUAGUUUUUUCCACUUUUUUGACUCACUUUUAAACAUUCUAGCAAUCAUGUGAUCUAAAUUUUGUGAGAUGUGAUCGAAAUUUUGUGAAAUGACUUAAUCAACAUGGAAAUAAAUCGUCUUUGCAAUGUUUCUUUGGCUUUUGCCAGCAAUUUCAACCACUAUUUCAACGAUUAUAGUGAUUUUCGUGAUCUGAAAUUACCUGAAAUAAUGUAAAUGGAAUGAAAUGGGGUAAUACUACACCUUUUGGGAUGAUAUUUUUCUUGUUUUUCAGUGGAAUAUCAUAACUGGUCUGACAGUGGGUGAAGAGACGUUGUCACUUUGAGUGAAAGUAAUGAAUGUACACACAUUAGCCUAGAAAAUACACACUGGUUUGAUGAAAUUGCAAACUGGCACCUUUGCAUCUAAAGACUGUUAUAGUGUUUAUCAUUGGAGAGAUGCCAGUCAUUGUAGGCGUCUGUCAGUUUGAACUUGCACAGCUUGUUCAUUUCUGUUUUGCUGGAUUGCAUGACAGCCUUCAAUUUGCUUUCAAACAGUUCAAAUUUCACAUUUCAGCAUCUGAAUAAAAAUGAGUCAUGCAGGAUUGAUUCUGUAUCUGUGUUGCUGUUUAUACAGACGUCAUCUGUCACAAUUAUAAUUACAAGGCUGUGAGCUUUUCAGUUUGCCUUUUGUACAUGCAGCUAAAUUUUGCAGCAGAGUUUUUCAAAGUAGGUUUAGAACAGAGACGCAGUGAAAGGCAUUGGGCAGUGUAAUGAGCUGGGUGCUUAACAUGCGAUAAAU